UUUUUUUUUAAUUUAUCCACUUAUACUAACAUACAGAAUGGAACUCUGCGUUUUCAAUCAAGGACCUUUUUUAAUCUUUUCGAGCCCUGCUUCGUAUUGAGGUUAGGUACCUAACAACUUUAUGAUGUGGCUCAAGUGCGGAUAUAUGUAUCGUAACCGCUUAUUAAAUACCUCGGUACCUAUAUGUACAUACCAUGUCAACAUCAGCUACAACUUCACUAAGAUCGCGCUUCUUCACACAUUUACACGCUCAAACAUCUUCUACUUCGUACCCAGGACAGCAACUUCACCAGGCCACCAACUACUCUACAAAAUGGCGUCGUCGUCUUUUUCAAAUACUAGCAAACGAAAAGAGCUAGAAAAGUCUAUAUCUCCUCCACCUCUAAAGCGCAAAACCCAAAGUAACAUAUCAAAGAAUGCCGUGGCUAAUUUCUUCACCCCGACGUCCCAGAAACCAAAGGACCGGACGACCUGGACCGAACGCGCUCCCGAUGGUAGCGAUUCGUCGCCUUCUCUGCUUGUUGGUCGUUACGAGCCCGAGAAGAUAGAGGAGUCCGAUCGGAGAAAGAGAAUGAAGAUAGCCGCGUUCGAUAUGGAUUCGACCUUGAUCACCACGGUAUCAGGCAAGAAAUUUACAGACGACCCUAGCGAUUGGAAGUGGUGGGACCCUAGCGUGCCGUCCCGGUUACGAGAACUAUACGCAGAAGACUGUCGAGUGGUGAUUCUCAGCAACCAAGGCGGACUUACCCUGCACCCGGAUCCAAAGUCCAAAGCUCCGAAGGCUGGUAGUAAAGCCAAAGUCGAUAAGUUUAAACAGAAGUGUAGCGCAGUGCUUGCCCAACUCGAUUUACCCACCACUAUAUACGCUGCUACCGGCCACGACGUCUUUCGCAAGCCACGCACCGGCAUGUGGUCGGAGGUGUGCCGGGAUUACGGCCUAAGCGAAGAUGAGAUUGACCUUGCGGGCAGUAUUUUUGUGGGCGACGCAGGUGGCCGGACGGCGCAGUUGAAAUCUAGUGGGAGGGGCGUAGCCGCUGCUAAGGAUUUUAGUUGCUCGGACCGUAACUUUGCGCAUAACGUUGGUAUCACCUACGUGACGCCCGAAGAGUUCUUCCUUGGUGAGCCACCACGGGAAUUCACGAGAGACUUUAACUUGGCCUCUUUUCCAUAUCUCGAGGUGGAGGGUAGCGAGGUCCUGUUCGAGAAGACCAAUAAACAGGAUAUCAUACUGUUCUGUGGGCCGCCCGGCGCCGGCAAAAGUACGUUCUACUGGCGGAAUUUGAAACCGCUAGGUUAUGAACGUGUGAAUCAGGAUACGCUGAAGACCCGGGCCAAGUGCUUCAAGGCCGCCGGGGAGUUUCUAGGCGAAGGGAAUUCAAUAGUCGUUGACAACACAAACGCCGACACGGAUGGCAGAAAAGAAUGGAUCGAAUUCGCGCGCAAGAAUAACGUGCCUAUUCGCUGCGUCUGGUUUAAUGUGCCCAAAGCGCUGUGUGAGCAUAACGACGUUGUCCGGGCUCUCAACAAGCCGAUGAACCCAGAAGCCCGCGCAGCGCUUCCCAGCCUCGCAUUCAAUGGAUACUUCUCUCGCUUCAAGGAACCAAAAGUUAAAGAAGGGUUUCAAGACGUAGUCGAGAUCGAUUUCAAGUUCCGCGGCACUAAAGAGGAAUAUGCUAUUUGGGGGCGUUACUGGCGAUGAGAUUAGGGUAACCUACCUAGAUUCAAACAUUUAGUAGUAAGAGGUGUCUGGCCAGCAUGAAUAGCACAGGUAUGCCGAAGAGUAUUAAAGCUCAGGGAUGCUUUUGUAACAGGUAUAUUUUAUAAUCGGUUUACCACAGGCUCCAUUGUACAUAGAUGCGGAAAUCUACGUAAUAAUUCAAGCACGGUCUUCGAUACCAACGACCCAUUUUUCAGAGACAAGUGAUCUUCGUUCUAACCCAGCUGCUGGGGCUAUAAAUUUACAUAAUCAUCCUAUUGUAUUUUGUCUCU